GUUCAGUUGCCUAUACUAAAAGCGAAGUCGAGCCGAGCGCCGCUCUUGAGUUUUCACCGAACAGAGAAGCACGUGUGACUGAAGAGUUUAACGUGCGCAACGCUUUCGUUUAUCUACUUAAGUCAAGAAUAGAGUGCAAUCAUGGUGAAACUUGCCAAGCAGGGGGCCAAGAAACAGACACCUCAGAAGAAGAAAGCCCCUCCACCUCCAAAAGAAGUGGAAGAAGAGUCCAGCGAGGAGGAGAGCGAUGAGGAAGAGGCACCACCGACCAAACCCGUUGCGAAGAAAAACGCAACUCCUGCAAAAAAUGCUCAGGUAAAAAACGGAAAAGCUGCAGCCAAACAGGAGAGUGAGGAGGAGGAUGACGAUGAUGAUGACGACGAAUCUGAAGAGGAAGCACCUCCACCAAAGAAGGCUACACCUGCCAAGCCUGCUGCCACAAAGAAAGCUGCAGCCACCCCUGCCAAGGCAACUCCUGCAAAGAAAGCAACUCCUGCAAAGAAAGCAGCACCUGCCGAGGAGUCUGAUGAUGAUGAGGAUGAUUCAGAAGAGGAAGAGGCACCCCCACCCAAGAAGGCUGCCUCUGCGAAGAAAGCAACUCCUGCAAAGAAGGCCGCACCUGCUGAGGAGUCUGAUGAUGAUGACGACGACGACGACGAUGAAGAUGAAGAGGAAGAGGCUCCUCCUAAAAAGGCAGCCCCUGCUAAAGCUACUCCAGCUAAAGCCCCUGCAGCUAAAGAAGAGUCAGAUGAUGAUGAGGAGGAUGAUGACGAUGAUGACUCUGAGGAAGAAAUGGAUACAACACCAGCCCCCAAAGCCAAAAAGGCAGGAUUGGUGAAGGCUAAAGAAGAAUCGGAAGAGGAAGAUGAUGACGAUGAGGAAGAUGAUGAUGAGGAGGAAGACGACGAAGAAGAAGUUCCCCAAACUCCAGGAAAAAGGAAAGCAGACACAAAAGAGAAGGGCACACCCCCAGCCAAGAAGGCAAAAAGUGAUGGAGAAGGCUUCAGUCUCUAUAUUGGCAACUUGAAUUCAAAUAAAGAUUUCGAUGAACUUAAGGCAGCAAUUUCAAAGUUCUUCUCAAAGGAAAACCUUGAAAUUCAGGAUGUGCGUCUUGGCGGGACCAAGAAAUUUGGAUAUGUUGACUUUUCGUCCGAGGAAGAGUUGCAGAAAGCGCUGGAGCUUAAUGGGAAGAAGUUAAUGGGCCAGCCACUGAAACUUGACCGAGCCAGAAGCAAAGAGAGCUCUCAGGAUGCCAAGAAAGAGAGAGAUGCUCGCACUUUGUUCAUUAAGAACCUUCCAUACUCCAUAACACAAGAUGAACUUAGGGAAGUCUUUGACCAGGCUGUCGAUAUCAGAGUACCAAUGGGCCAGAACGGUUCAAGCAGAGGAAUUGCCUACAUUGAGUUUAAGACUGAAGCUAUUGCUGAAAAGAUGAUGGAGGAGGCACAAGGGGCUGACGUUCAAGGACGCUCCAUCAUGGUAGAUUUCACAGGAGAAAAGAGUCGACAGGGUGGCAGAGCACCAGGAGGCUCAGGUCCAUGUAGUAAAGUUCUUGUGGUGAACAACUUGGCGUUUAGUGCGAAUGAAGACUCUCUCCAGAGUGUGUUUGAGAAGGCGACAGCUAUCAGAAUACCACAGAAUAAUGGCAGGCCAAAGGGAUUUGCGUUUCUUGAGUUUGAGAGCGUGGAGGAUGCCAAGGAGGCGCUGGAGAAUUGCAACAACACAGAGGUCGAGGGCAGAACUAUCAGACUAGAGUACAGUCAAAGCAGAGAAGAGCGAGGUGGAGGAGGAAGAGGCAACUCAGGACCCACAAAAACUCUGUUUGUCAAAGGGCUGUCAGAAGACACCACAGAUCAGAUGCUGAAAGAUGCUUUUGACGGAUCUGUCGCAGCCAGAAUCGCCACAGAUAGAGAUACAGGAUCCUCAAAAGGGUUUGGGUUUGUAGACUUCGACAAUGAACAAGACUGCAAGGCAGCUAAAGAAGCAAUGGAUGACGGUGAGAUCGACGGACAAAAAGUGACACUGGACUACGCCAAGCCCAAGGGCGAAGGAGGUCGAGGGGGCGGCAGAGGAGGGUUCGGUGGUUUCGGCGGCCGAGGUGGAGGAAGGGGUGGAUUUGGUGGCCGCGGAGGUGGAAGAGGUGGUUUUGGCGGCCGUGGAGGUGGAAGAGGCGGUGGCUUCAGGGGAGGAAGAGGAGGUGGAGGACGAGGAGGUGGACGAGGUGGAUUUGGGGACAGGCCACAAGGAAAGAAAAUUAAGUUUGAUGAAUAAAUCUGUUAUUGAAUGUACUUAUUUCCUUGCUUAAAUCUAUUUUGCCAGAGUGUUUAUAGGACAUUCCAGAAAGCGUCGGUAAUUGAUAUCUGUACAGUGACCCUGACCCCUUGCUCUCUUCUUUUAAACUGUGUGAGUUCUGAGAUGUCCCAUUCAUGUACAUCCUCGUCUGUUUUGUUGAAGUGAGGAUUAUUCAGACUUUAAAUGUGAAUGUUGUAAUUAUGCUCUGCUUGUUUAGGUACAUGUUGUACAUGCGACAGUUUGUGUUUUUCUUUUGUUAUGGUGUUACGGUUUUUCCCUCACAUUUUAUUUAAUUUCAUUUUUAAGUUAACCUUUUUAUAAGGUAACCUUAGCGAGUUUAUUGUGCAGUACCUUUUUAAUGUGCAAAGCAUAUUGUAACACAUGCAUACAAAUUGAUUCUGAACAUUUAUGUAGAAGUCAGUGACAAGUUUUGAGUGGGUAAAUGGACAAUGGAUGCAACAGAAAAGAAAAGCUUCAGUCCAGAUUAUGUCAAGUUUAUAACAUGAAGUAAAUUUGGCUUGUGGUUAGUUCAUUUUAUAUCAAAGUCAGAUUUGUCAUGAAAUGUAAAGAACUUGCCGCUUUGAUUAAAAACUGUUUUUAAACUU